AUGACGACUCUAGAGACUGAGAUAGUGGAACUUUUAGGCUUGAUUGAGUCCACAGGAAAUCGAGAGCAUUUUGAAGCCCUCAAAUCUAAAAAAGCUUUGUUAGCAGACCUGCUGGGCACCAAAGCCCAGGGAGCACUGGUUCGUUCACGUUUCCAGAGCAUCAACCAGAUGGACGCUCCGUCCAAGUUUUUCUUUGGCUUAGAAAAGACAAAUGGGCAGAGCAGGUACAUCCACACACUACAGUCAGCUGAUGGGGAAGAACUCACGGAGCCUCAUGAGAUCCGGAGACGGGUGGUGCAGUUUUACUCUGAGCUGUAUAAAGCGCAGCAUGUGGAGCAUGAACAACUGUUUGAGUGUUUCAGUGAAGGCCUGCCCAGAAUCUCUGGAGAUGACCAUCCUGAGCUGGAGGAGCCUCUGGUUUUGGAAGAGCUGCAUGCUGCCCUGCAGGGGAUGGAUGGAGGGAAGGCCCCAGGUAUUGACGGUCUUCCUGUCGAGUUCUACAAGACCUUCUGGAAAGAGCUUGGUCAGGACUUGUUAGAUGUGUUCAAUGAAAGUUUUGAAAAUCAGACCCUGCCUCUGAGCUGCAGGAGAGCUGUAAUAACUCUGCUGCCGAAGAAAGGAGACCUCCAGGACGUCAGAAACUGGCGCCCAGUCUCCCUCCUCUGUUCGGACUACAAGAUCUUGUCCAAGGCUCUAGCUAACCGGUUGAAGCAGGUGAUGGAGGAAAUCAUUCACCUGGAUCAGUCGUACUGUGUGCCUGCUGUAGUGCUGACCUCCUGUGACUUUAACCAGGACAGUGACCCGUUCUGCAGGUUCAGUCAGGACAACACAGACAACUCUGACUGGACUAGACACAGAGGUCCUACCCCAACAUCUGGAACUGGCCCAAGUGGAGACUAUCCUAAUGGAACGGGCUUCUAUAUCUACCACGAGUGUGACAAUGUAUCUAAUGGACAGAAAGCUCGCCUUCUGAGCCCUGCCCUCUCGUCAUCAGCCUCUGAGAUCUGUGUUCAGUUUCGAUACUACAUGUACGGCUCAGACAAUCAAAAUGUGUUGAGGGUUCUGGCCAGGAGGCCCAGCGAUGAGAAGGAAGUCUGGAAGAAGACAGGUAUCCAGAGUCCGUCCUGGCUGAAAGGCUCUGUCACCGUGUCCACCACAAGCAGUCAGAACGUCAUUAUUGUGUUUGAGGCUCAGAGAGGCUCCACUUCUUCCUGUGACUCUGCUCUGGAUAACAUUGAAAUUACUGAAGGAGCAUGCCCUUCUUGUGUUUCUGGUUGCGAUUUUGACACUAUGGGUGACCUCUGUGGAUGGAUGACUCAAACUGGAAAUCCUGAUGUGUUUGGCUUUGAUCAGUGGAUUGGACCAACGGACACCGACGGCACCGGACCUGAUGAUGACUUCUCCAAACCUGGAUUGGGUGCAUACAUGUUGUUGGAUUCUUCUGAUGCUGUCCCUGGAGUCAAGGCUCAGAUCAGAAGUCCUCUUAUAACGCCUUCCUCUGGAUGUCUGGAGCUCGCCUUUCACUACUACCUUUUCGGCACCAGUACCACUAUGGAUCUCAGCGUUUACACCAUCACCACAGGGGGAAGCCUUGGACCUGCUCUCUUCACUGUCAGAGGGAACCAGGGUCAAGUGUGGAAGCCUGCCAAGGUCCACUACCUGGGAACUGCUGCAAUUCAGUUUGUGAUUGAGGGUACCUAUGGAGAAACUCCUCAGACAGAUAUUGCUGUUGAUGCUGUGUGUGUCAUGGCCUGCAAAGCUCAGCCAACAACUCCUCUGCCACCUGUAACAACUCCAAGACCAACCUCGGCUAAACCAACAACUCUGGGACCAACUACACCAGGCCCCUCUACACCUAAACCAACUACUCCCAGUCCAUCAACACCUAAACCAACAACCCCUAUUCCACCAACAUCUAAACCAACAACUUUGGGACCAACUACACCGGGCCCAUCUACACCUAAACCAACAACUCCUGGUCCAUCAACACCUAAACCAGCAACUCCUGGUCCAUCAACACCUAAACCAACAACUCCUGGUCCAUCAACACCUAAACCAGCAACUCCUGGUCCAUCAACACCUAAACCAGCAACUCCUGGUCCAUCAACACCUAAACCAACAACUCCUGGUCCAUCAACACCUAAACCAACAACACCCAGCCCAUCUACACCUAAACCAACAACUCCUGGACCAACUACACCUAAACCAACAACACCCAGCCCAUCUACACCAAAACCAACAACUCCUGGACCAACUACACCUAAACCAACAACACCCAGCCCAUCUACACCAAAACCAACAACUCCUGGACCAACUACACCUAAACCAACAAGUCCUGGACCAACAACACCAAAACCAUCAACUCCUAGACCAACUACACCUAAACCAACAACUCAUGGACCAACAACAGCCAAGCCACCAAAACCAUGUCCUCCUGAUGCAGAGUAUAUAGAUUGUGGUCCAGCCUGUAUCCCUACUUGUAUGGAGCCCUCCACCAACUGUUCUGGAUCCUGUAUCAGUGGCUGCUUUUGUAAACCAGGGUUUGUCUUCAAGGGACGACGCUGUAUGCCACUUGAGAAAUGUGGCUGUCUGGAUGGCCAGAAUAACUAUUAUGAGCCUGGCGAGAUUGUAUUUGGUGAUGGCUGCUCAAAGCUGUGCCGCUGUGUAGGGAACUACACUUUGGAAUGUAUUGAUAACUCCUGUGACCCCACUGAAGAGUGCCGCGAGGUUAAUGGUGUUGCAGGCUGCUAUCCUAAAGGUACAUCCACAUGCAUAGUGUCUAGUGAUCCCCACUACACCACCUUUGACAAACGCCAGUACAACUUUAUGGGCAACUGCAGCUAUUUGAUGUCUAAACCGUGCAAUGAAACAUCUCUGCCAUACUUUGAGGUCCACGCUGACAAUGAAAAUCGCUACAACAAUCCCUCCAUCUCCUAUGUGAAGGCUGUACAUGUAUAUGUCCACAUGGUGAAGAUCUCCAUCCUCAAAGGUGGCACUGUACAAGUUAAUGGGACCAACGUAAACCUUCCAGUGACUCCGGCCCCUGGUGUCUCUGUGUUCAAGUCAGGAAAGCACCACACUGUGUCCAUGAACUUUGGUGUGACUGUGCGCUAUGAUGGAAACCACUUUAUGGACAUCAAAAUGAUCAAAGACUAUCAGAAGAAGCUUUGUGGACUGUGUGGAGAUUACAAUAAAGAUGCCAAAGAUGAUUUCCGUAAACCAGAUGGAUUGUUAACCAACAAUGCCAAUGACUUUGGAAACAGCUGGAACACUGAUCCAGAGUGUAAUAAGAAACCCAACACCACCAUCCCUGAGUGUAAUGAAGAAAAGCAGGAACUGUAUGAGAGCUCUGGAUACUGCGGCAUCCUGCUGGACAAAAAGGGUCCCUUCGCUGUCUGCCACCCAAAAGUCAACCCCAAUAAUUACUUCAGGGACUGUGUCUUUGACCUGUGUGAGUUGGGUGGAGCCAAGCCCAUUCUGUGUGAAGCCAUCGAAGCCUACGUCAAUGAAUGCCAGGACCGUGGGGUCAACAUUGGACCUUGGAGGAAUGAAACCUUCUGCCCGCUGAGCUGCCCCCCCAACAGCCACUACGAGCCUUGUGCAGACCCCUGUCAAGAGACAUGUUCUGGGAAACCUCCCUCCUGCGGUGGGCCCUGCUCGGAGGCCUGUGUGUGUAAUCCUGGCUACAUCCUGAGUGCCGGCAAGUGCGUCAAGAAGAGUUUGUGUGGUUGCAAACACACCAACGGCCAGUACUAUGAGCCUGGACAGGAGUUUUAUGUUGAGGACUGUAAGCUGAAGUGUAGGUGUGAUGUUCCCUUCGUCACCUGUGUGGCCUCUGAAUGUGACCCAAUGCACGAGUGUAAACUCCAGGAUGGAAUACUGGGCUGCCAUCCCACCAGCUCUCAGGACUGUGUGGUGUCUGGAGAUCCGCACUACAACACAUUUGACAAGAAAUUCUACAGCUUCAUGGGAACAUGUACCUACACACUUGCCAGAAACUGCAAGAACAGCACAGGUCCCUGGUUCUCAGUGGAGGGGAAGAAUGAAGAAAGAGGAGUGUCAGGUGUGUCCUACCUGAGGAAACUCUACGUCACAGUGAAUGGAAUCACUGUGAUUCUGAUGAAGGCCAGGAAGACACUGGUGAACGGACUGCGGGUGGCCCUCCCUCACUCCCCCUCUCCUCUCAUCUCUCUCAGUCUGGCCGGUCAGUAUAUUACCCUGCAGACGCCCUUUGGCCUCCAGGUGCGCUGGGAUGGAAACCAUUAUGCCCGAAUCUCAGUUCCCAGCUCCUACUACAACCAGACGUGUGGUCUCUGUGGUGACUAUGACGGGAACCCAGACAAUGACUUCACCAAACCAGAUGGCACUCUGGUAGGAAAUGUCAAUAACUUCGGGAACAGCUGGCAGACAGAAGAGGAUGAGGAUGACACGUGUACCCCAGGCACCAAGCCUGACCCAGACUGUGACCCCAAACUUGAGGCUGAGGUGGUGAAGCCAGACAAAUGCGGCAAAAUCAAGGACCCUGCUGGACCCUUCAGGGAGUGUAUCAGUGUGGUGAAUCCUGCUCCAUUCUUCCAGAGCUGUGUGUAUGACAUGUGUCAGUUCAAUGGCCAACAACAUGUACUGUGUGACCAGCUCCAGGCUUACACUGAUGCCUGCCAAAGUGCCGGAGCCAAAGUUCACCAGUGGAGGACUCCAUACUUCUGCCCCCUGGCCUGUCCUCCCAACAGCUCCUACUCUCUGUGUGUGAGUUCGUGUCCAGAGACGUGUCUGGGUGUGGUUGGACCGCCCGGCUGUCAGGAUGUGUGUGUGGAGGGUUGUGAGUGUAAUCCAGGCUUCAUCCUCAGCAACGACAAGUGUGUGGCCCUGAAAGACUGUGGCUGUGUGGACACCAGUGGAUCCUAUCACCCUAUGGGUGAUGACUGGUACUUGGAGGGUUGUGAGCAGAAAUGUGUGUGUCACAGUGGAGGUUUGAUCCAGUGUCACAACAGCAGCUGUAAACCAGCCACUGAGAGCUGCCAGCUACAAGAUGGAGAAUAUGAAUGUCACCCUCUGGAACCAUGUCCUCCUGAUGCAGAGUAUAUAGAUUGUGGUCCAGCCUGUAUCCCCACUUGUAUGGAGCCCUCCACCAACUGUUCUGGAUCCUGUAUCAGUGGCUGCUUUUGUAAACCAGGGUUUGUCUUCAAGGGACGACGCUGUAUGCCACUUGAGAAAUGUGGCUGUCUGGAUGGCCAGAAUAACUAUUAUGAGCCUGGCGAGAUUGUAUUUGGUGAUGGCUGCUCAAAGCUGUGCCGCUGUGUAGGGAACUACACUUUGGAAUGUAUUGAUAACUCCUGUGACCCCACUGAAGAGUGCCGUGAGGUUAAUGGUGUUGCAGGCUGCUAUCCUAAAGGUACAUCCACAUGCAUAGUGUCUAGUGAUCCCCACUACACCACCUUUGACAAACGCCAGUACAACUUUAUGGGCAACUGCAGCUAUUUGAUGUCUAAACCGUGCAAUGAAACAUCUCUGCCAUACUUUGAGGUCCACGCUGACAAUGAAAAUCGCUACAACAAUCCCUCCAUCUCCUAUGUGAAGGCUGUACAUGUAUAUGUUCACAUGGUGAAGAUCUCCAUCCUCAAAGGUGGCACUGUACAAGUUAAUGGGACCAACGUAAACCUUCCAGUGACUCCGGCCCCUGGUGUCUCUGUGUUCAAGUCAGGAAAGCACCACACUGUGUCCAUGAACUUUGGUGUGACUGUGCGCUAUGAUGGAAACCACUUUAUGGACAUCAAAAUGAUCAAAGACUAUCAGAAGAAGCUUUGUGGACUGUGUGGAGAUUACAAUAAAGAUGCCAAAGAUGAUUUCCGUAAACCAGAUGGAUUGUUAACCAACAAUGCCAAUGACUUUGGAAACAGCUGGAACACUGAUCCAGAGUGUAAUAAGAAACCCAACACCACCAUCCCUGAGUGUAAUGAAGAAAAGCAGGAACUGUAUGAGAGCUCUGGAUACUGCGGCAUCCUGCUGGACAAAAAGGGUCCCUUCGCUGUCUGCCACCCAAAAGUCAACCCCAAUAAUUACUUCAGGGACUGUGUCUUUGACCUGUGUGAGUUGGGUGGAGCCAAGCCCAUUCUGUGUGAAGCCAUCGAAGCCUACGUCAAUGAAUGCCAGGACCGUGGGGUCAACAUUGGACCUUGGAGGAAUGAAACCUUCUGCCCGCUGAGCUGCCCCCCCAACAGCCACUACGAGCCUUGUGCAGACCCCUGUCAAGAGACAUGUUCUGGGAAACCUCCCUCCUGCGGUGGGCCCUGCUCGGAGGCCUGUGUGUGUAAUCCUGGCUACAUCCUGAGUGCCGGCAAGUGCGUCAAGAAGAGUUUGUGUGGUUGCAAACACACCAACGGCCAGUACUAUGAGCCUGGACAGGAGUUUUAUGUUGAGGACUGUAAGCUGAAGUGUAGGUGUGAUGUUCCCUUCGUCACCUGUGUGGCCUCUGAAUGUGACCCAAUGCACGAGUGUAAACUCCAGGAUGGAAUACUGGGCUGCCAUCCCACCAGCUCUCAGGACUGUGUGGUGUCUGGAGAUCCGCACUACAACACAUUUGACAAGAAAUUCUACAGCUUCAUGGGAACAUGUACCUACACACUUGCCAGAAACUGCAAGAACAGCACAGGUCCCUGGUUCUCAGUGGAGGGGAAGAAUGAAGAAAGAGGAGUGUCAGGUGUGUCCUACCUGAGGAAACUCUACGUCACAGUGAAUGGAAUCACUGUGAUUCUGAUGAAGGCCAGGAAGACACUGGUGAACGGACUGCGGGUGGCCCUCCCUCACUCCCCCUCUCCUCUCAUCUCUCUCAGUCUGGCCGGUCAGUAUAUUACCCUGCAGACGCCCUUUGGCCUCCAGGUGCGCUGGGAUGGAAACCAUUAUGCCCGAAUCUCAGUUCCCAGCUCCUACUACAACCAGACGUGUGGUCUCUGUGGUGACUAUGACGGGAACCCAGACAAUGACUUCACCAAACCAGAUGGCACUCUGGUAGAAAAUGUCAAUAACUUCGGGAACAGCUGGCAGACAGAAGAGGAUGAGGAUGACACGUGUACCCCAGGCACCAAGCCUGACCCAGACUGUGACCCCAAACUUGAGGCUGAGGUGGUGAAGCCAGACAAAUGCGGCAAAAUCAAGGACCCUGCUGGACCCUUCAGGGAGUGUAUCAGUGUGGUGAAUCCUGCUCCAUUCUUCCAGAGCUGUGUGUAUGACAUGUGUCAGUUCAAUGGCCAACAACAUGUACUGUGUGACCAGCUCCAGGCUUACACUGAUGCCUGCCAAAGUGCCGGAGCCAAAGUUCACCAGUGGAGGACUCCAUACUUCUGCCCCCUGGCCUGUCCUCCCAACAGCUCCUACUCUCUGUGUGUGAGUUCGUGUCCAGAGACGUGUCUGGGUGUGGUUGGACCGCCCGGCUGUCAGGAUGUGUGUGUGGAGGGUUGUGAGUGUAAUCCAGGCUUCAUCCUCAGCAACGACAAGUGUGUGGCCCUGAAAGACUGUGGCUGUGUGGACACCAGUGGAUCCUAUCACCCUAUGGGUGAUGACUGGUACUUGGAGGGUUGUGAGCAGAAAUGUGUGUGUCACAGUGGAGGUUUGAUCCAGUGUCACAACAGCAGCUGUAAACCAGCCACUGAGAGCUGCCAGCUACAAGAUGGAGAAUAUGAAUGUCACCCUCUGGGAAAUGGUAUGUGCUCAGUAUCUGGUGAUCCACAUUACAUCACCUUUGACAAACACGCCCACCAUUACAUGGGAGCCUGCUCCUACACCCUGACCAAAUCCUGCAACAUCUCAUCCGGUGUGCCACACUUCACUGUGGACACCCAGAAUGAGCAAAGAGGAAGCAAUAAGAUGGUUUCCUACGUCAGGGCUGUGGUGAUCAAUGUGAACGGUGUGACUGUCAUCCUCGGCAAGGGCCGCACAGUCCAGGUCAAUGGGACAGUGGUUGUCCCACCUGUCACCUCCAUCAGUGGAGUUAAGAUCUACUUGAGUGGCAAGUUUGUUGUCCUGGAAACGUCCUUCGGCCUGAGGGUGCGAUUUGAUGGUGACCACCACGCUGACGUCACUGUGCCCACCUCCUACAAUGGUCUGCUCUGUGGCAUGUGUGGAAACUUCAAUGGAAACCCCAAAGAUGACAACUUGAAACCAGACAAUACACCAGCUGCUAACACCAAUGAACUGGGGGGCAGCUGGCAGGUUCCUGACCCCCGGCCAGACUGUAGCAAUGAUGGAGGACAGGAAGACUGUAAUAAAGAGGUGGAGGAGGAGGCCAAGAAGCCCACCAGCUGCGGCAUGAUCACUGAUCCCAAUGGUAUCUUUAAGCCCUGUCACUCUGUCGUGCCCCCUGAGCCAUACUUUGGAAGCUGUGUGUACGACAUGUGUGCCACUGGAGGUCAGAUUGUGGCUUUGUGCCAGGCCAUAGAAAGCUAUGCUGACAUGUGUGCUGCUGCAGGAGUCCCCAUCGCAUGGAGGAACAAUACCUUCUGUCCUCUGAAGUGCCCUACAGGCAGUCAUUACAACUCAUGCAGCACUGCCUGCCCCCAGCCCAGCUGUCAGGACCCUACGGGCCCCGGUGGCUCUUGCAACCAGCCCUGUGUAGAGGGAUGCUUCUGUAACCCCGGCCUCGUCCUCAGCGGAGACAAAUGUGUCCCACUCAGCGAGUGUGGAUGUACUGAUGGAGAUGGAAAGUACAGGCCGGUAGGAGACGCUUGGUUCACAGAGAUGGAUUGCUCAGAGCGCUGCAAGUGUAACGGUAACCAUAACAUCACCUGUGAGCCCUGGCAGUGCAGCCCAGCGCAGGAGUGUAAAGUUGUUGGAGGAGUACUGGACUGCCACUCCAAAGAACCAUGUCCUCCUGAUGCAGAGUAUAUAGAUUGUGGUCCAGCCUGUAUCCCCACUUGUAUGGAGCCCUCCACCAACUGUUCUGGAUCCUGUAUCAGUGGCUGCUUUUGUAAACCAGGGUUUGUCUUCAAGGGACGACGCUGUAUGCCACUUGAGAAAUGUGGCUGUCUGGAUGGCCAGAAUAACUAUUAUGAGCCUGGCGAGAUUGUAUUUGGUGAUGGCUGCUCAAAGCUGUGCCGCUGUGUAGGGAACUACACUUUGGAAUGUAUUGAUAACUCCUGUGACCCCACUGAAGAGUGCCGCGAGGUUAAUGGUGUUGCAGGCUGCUAUCCUAAAGGUACAUCCACAUGCAUAGUGUCUAGUGAUCCCCACUACACCACCUUUGACAAACGCCAGUACAACUUUAUGGGCAACUGCAGCUAUUUGAUGUCUAAACCGUGCAAUGAAACAUCUCUGCCAUACUUUGAGGUCCACGCUGACAAUGAAAACCGCUACAACAAUCCCUCCAUCUCCUAUGUGAAGGCUGUACAUGUAUAUGUCCACAUGGUGAAGAUCUCCAUCCUCAAAGGUGGCACUGUACAAGUUAAUGGGACCAACGUAAACCUUCCAGUGACUCCGGCCCCUGGUGUCUCUGUGUUCAAGUCAGGAAAGCACCACACUGUGUCCAUGAACUUUGGUGUGACUGUGCGCUAUGAUGGAAACCACUUUAUGGACAUCAAAAUGAUCAAAGACUAUCAGAAGAAGCUUUGUGGACUGUGUGGAGAUUACAAUAAAGAUGCCAAAGAUGAUUUCCGUAAACCAGAUGGAUUGUUAACCAACAAUGCCAAUGACUUUGGAAACAGCUGGAACACUGAUCCAGAGUGUAAUAAGAAACCCAACACCACCAUCCCUGAGUGUAAUGAAGAAAAGCAGGAACUGUAUGAGAGCUCUGGAUACUGCGGCAUCCUGCUGGACAAAAAGGGUCCCUUCGCUGUCUGCCACCCAAAAGUCAACCCCAAUAAUUACUUCAGGGACUGUGUCUUUGACCUGUGUGAGUUGGGUGGAGCCAAGCCCAUUCUGUGUGAAGCCAUCGAAGCCUACGUCAAUGAAUGCCAGGACCGUGGGGUCAACAUUGGACCUUGGAGGAAUGAAACCUUCUGCCCGCUGAGCUGCCCCCCCAACAGCCACUACGAGCCUUGUGCAGACCCCUGUCAAGAGACAUGUUCUGGGAAACCUCCCUCCUGCGGUGGGCCCUGCUCGGAGGCCUGUGUGUGUAAUCCUGGCUACAUCCUGAGUGCCGGCAAGUGCGUCAAGAAGAGUUUGUGUGGUUGCAAACACACCAACGGCCAGUACUAUGAGCCUGGACAGGAGUUUUAUGUUGAGGACUGUAAGCUGAAGUGUAGGUGUGAUGUUCCCUUCGUCACCUGUGUGGCCUCUGAAUGUGACCCAAUGCACGAGUGUAAACUCCAGGAUGGAAUACUGGGCUGCCAUCCCACCAGCUCUCAGGACUGUGUGGUGUCUGGAGAUCCGCACUACAACACAUUUGACAAGAAAUUCUACAGCUUCAUGGGAACAUGUACCUACACACUUGCCAGAAACUGCAAGAACAGCACAGGUCCCUGGUUCUCAGUGGAGGGGAAGAAUGAAGAAAGAGGAGUGUCAGGUGUGUCCUACCUGAGGAAACUCUACGUCACAGUGAAUGGAAUCACUGUGAUUCUGAUGAAGGCCAGGAAGACACUGGUGAACGGACUGCGGGUGGCCCUCCCUCACUCCCCCUCUCCUCUCAUCUCUCUCAGUCUGGCCGGUCAGUAUAUUACCCUGCAGACGCCCUUUGGCCUCCAGGUGCGCUGGGAUGGAAACCAUUAUGCCCGAAUCUCAGUUCCCAGCUCCUACUACAACCAGACGUGUGGUCUCUGUGGUGACUAUGACGGGAACCCAGACAAUGACUUCACCAAACCAGAUGGCACUCUGGUAGGAAAUGUCAAUAACUUCGGGAACAGCUGGCAGACAGAAGAGGAUGAGGAUGACACGUGUACCCCAGGCGCCAAGCCUGACCCAGACUGUGACCCCAAACUUGAGGCUGAGGUGGUGAAGCCAGACAAAUGCGGCAAAAUCAAGGACCCUGCUGGACCCUUCAGGGAGUGUAUCAGUGUGGUGAAUCCUGCUCCAUUCUUCCAGAGCUGUGUGUAUGACAUGUGUCAGUUCAAUGGCCAACAACAUGUACUGUGUGACCAGCUCCAGGCUUACACUGAUGCCUGCCAAAGUGCCGGAGCCAAAGUUCACCAGUGGAGGACUCCAUACUUCUGCCCCCUGGCCUGUCCUCCCAACAGCUCCUACUCUCUGUGUGUGAGUUCGUGUCCAGAGACGUGUCUGGGUGUGGUUGGACCGCCCGGCUGUCAGGAGUGUGUGGAGGGUUGUGAGUGUAAUCCAGGCUUCAUCCUCAGCAACGACAAGUGUGUGGCCCUGAAAGACUGUGGCUGUGUGGACACCAGUGGAUCCUAUCACCCUAUGGGUGAUGACUGGUACUUGGAGGGUUGUGAGCAGAAAUGUGUGUGUCACAGUGGAGGUUUGAUCCAGUGUCACAACAGCAGCUGUAAACCAGCCACUGAGAGCUGCCAGCUACAAGAUGGAGAAUAUGAAUGUCACCCUCUGGGAAAUGGUAUGUGCUCAGUAUCUGGUGAUCCACAUUACAUCACCUUUGACAAACACGCCCACCAUUACAUGGGAGCCUGCUCCUACACCCUGACCAAAUCCUGCAACAUCUCAUCCGGUGUGCCACACUUCACUGUGGACACCCAGAAUGAGCAAAGAGGAAGCAAUAAGAUGGUUUCCUACGUCAGGGCUGUGGUGAUCAAUGUGAACGGUGUGACUGUCAUCCUCGGCAAGGGCCGCACAGUCCAGGUCAAUGGGACAGUGGUUGUCCCACCUGUCACCUCCAUCAGUGGAGUUAAGAUCUACUUGAGUGGCAAGUUUGUUGUCCUGGAAACGUCCUUCGGCCUGAGGGUGCGAUUUGAUGGUGACCACCACGCUGACGUCACUGUGCCCACCUCCUACAAUGGUCUGCUCUGUGGCAUGUGUGGAAACUUCAAUGGAAACCCCAAAGAUGACAACUUGAAACCAGACAAUACACCAGCUGCUAACACCAAUGAACUGGGGGGCAGCUGGCAGGUUCCUGACCCCCGGCCAGACUGUAGCAAUGAUGGAGGACAGGAAGACUGUAAUAAAGAGGUGGAGGAGGAGGCCAAGAAGCCCACCAGCUGCGGCAUGAUCACUGAUCCCAAUGGUAUCUUUAAGCCCUGUCACUCUGUCGUGCCCCCUGAGCCAUACUUUGGAAGCUGUGUGUACGACAUGUGUGCCACUGGAGGUCAGAUUGUGGCUUUGUGCCAGGCCAUAGAAAGCUAUGCUGACAUGUGUGCUGCUGCAGGAGUCCCCAUCGCAUGGAGGAACAAUACCUUCUGUCCUCUGAAGUGCCCUACAGGCAGUCAUUACAACUCAUGCAGCACUGCCUGCCCCCAGCCCAGCUGUCAGGACCCUACGGGCCCCGGUGGCUCUUGCAACCAGCCCUGUGUAGAGGGAUGCUUCUGUAACCCCGGCCUCGUCCUCAGCGGAGACAAAUGUGUCCCACUCAGCGAGUGUGGAUGUACUGAUGGAGAUGGAAAGUACAGGCCGGUAGGAGACGCUUGGUUCACAGAGAUGGAUUGCUCAGAGCGCUGCAAGUGUAACGGUAACCAUAACAUCACCUGUGAGCCCUGGCAGUGCAGCCCAGCGCAGGAGUGUAAAGUUGUUGGAGGAGUACUGGACUGCCACUCCAAAGGUAAAGGGGUGUGUCACGUGGCUGGAGAUCCUCACUACUACACCUUUGAUGGUGUGAUGCACACGUUCAUGGGCACCUGCACUUACAUUCUGGCGGAGGUGUGUAACACCACCAACGUAACUCCCUUCAAGAUAGUGGCUAAAAACGAGGAGCGUGGUCAACCAGAGGCCUCUUAUGUUCGCUCUGUCAAAGUCUACCUGCCUCAUGACACUGUGGUUGAGCUGCAAAAGAGCCACAGAGUUCUGCUGAAUGGACGACGGGUGAGAACCCCAGUUUCCAUUGAUUUGGCUGGUGCCAAGGUGAUAGCCAGUGGAUCAUACAAUCUGCUGGACACAAACUUUGGUUUGCAAGUGAAGUUUGAUGGAGUCCAUCACCUGGAGAUCACUGUUCCUGGAGAAUACUUCAACAAGCUGUGUGGCAUGUGUGGAAACUACAAUCACAACUCCUCUGAUGACAACCUGAUGUCCAACAAGAAACCAACUAAUGAUGUGAUUGAACUGGGCAACAGCUGGAAGUCAGAUGGAGACAGUGAUGCUGGCUGUCAGCCAGACACUCGUCCAGAUGUCCGACCUAACUGCACCGCAGAAGAAGAGAAGACAUACGAGGCUCAGUGUGCCGAGGUCAUCCUGUCUGACAGAUUCAAGCCCUGCCAUUCUCUGGUGCCCCCAAAGGCUUUCCUUGGUAACUGUAUCUAUGACAUGUGUGAGUAUGAUGGCAUGAAGGCAACGCUCUGUGACAACGUGGAGGCAUAUGCUCAGGCCUGUCAGAGCGCUGGAGUCACCAUCAGCUGGAGGAACAACAGCUUCUGUCCCCUGCCCUGCCCUCCUAACAGCCACUACUCAGACUGCACCGCCCCCUGCCCCCCCUGCGCUGACCUCUUCCCCAUCUUCUGCCAUCUCCCUCCAACCACCUGUGUGGAGGGCUGCCAGUGUGAUGCAGGCUACGUUCUCAGUGACAACAAGUGUGUUCCUCUGGACAAAUGUGGCUGUCUGGACACAGAUAAAGUGUACCAUAAUGUAGGAGACUCGUGGCUGACUGACAAAUGUGCUAGCUCAUGUAAAUGUAACCUUGGUGGCCAAAUCACAUGUAAGGACCACAGCUGUGAUUCCAACUCACUGUGCACCCUGGACAAAUAUGGAGACCUCUACUGCAAACCCACCAAGUUUGACAAGUGCAGCAUCUCUGGAGAUCCUCACCACCGAACAUUUGAUGGUUUCACCCAUCACUUCCAGGGUCCCUACACCUACGUCCUUACUCAGGACCACAACCUGCAGAACUCCUUGUCACCACUAGUGGUGAGGGGGAAGAAUAUCAGACGUGGGGGGAACAGGAGGGUGUCAUUCCUGGAUCAAAUGUACAUCGACGUUUACGGUGUCAAUGUUCGCUUCUUGCAGAAGAAGAUCAUCCUGGUGAAUGGAGAGCGUGUUGCACCUCCUCUCAGUCCAGUUAGUGGUUUGACCAUCACGAUGAACUCCAGGCAGGUUCAGCUCACCACUGACUUUGGACUCACUGUACGCUUUGAUGGCAACAGUCGCGGAGAGAUUAUACUGCCCAGCACCUACAAGAACUCUGUCAGAGGGCUGUGUGGAAACUAUGACGGCAUCACCAGAAAUGAGUACAUGAUGCCUGACGGGACUGUAGUCAGGGACCUGAACAAGUUCGGAGAAAGCUGGAGGGUCAAUGACCGACAGGCUGAUGGACUGAAGAUCUCUGACCUUCCUCACACAGUCCACACACACAGGAGAGAGGUGGAGACUGAUCCAGAUUCAGGAUUUGAGACAUCAGAAUGCUCUCAGCUUCAGCUCAAUGAUUACAACAGUGUGACUCAGUGUGGAGCGCUGUCUAACUCCAAGGGAUUGUUUGCUGCCUGCCAUGCGACCCUGCCACCUAAAACCUACCAGGAUGACUGUGUGUUUGACCUGUGUGCUAUACCGGGCAAUUUAGCGCUGCGUUGUGCCAGUUAUGAAGCGUAUGCUGCAGCCUGUCAGGAGGCUGGCAUUAAACUGGGAUCCUGGAGGCAGCAGCUGGACUGUGUCCUCUCCUGUGAUGCCAACAGCACCUAUUCCUCAUGUAUGUCACCCUGCCCCGCCUCCUGCGCUGACCUGGCAGCACCCUCCGAGUGUGACACCACUUUCUGUGUGGAAGGGUGCCAGUGUGCCCUUGGCUCGGUCAUGAGUGAGGGAAUCUGUGUACCAUACAGAGAGUGUGGCUGCACCUUCCUCAACAGAUAUUACCCUCUGAAGGAGAAGUUUGUUACUGAUGACUGUUCUCAGUCCUGUGAAUGCACCAGCACUGGCGUUGUGUGCCAACCCAAGAUCUGCCAGGAGGGUUACAUCUGUACCGUCUACAAUUUUAAGCGGGACUGUUUUAGAGCAGCGAAUCCGUGUCUCAGUUACCCCUGUCUGAAUGGAGGAACAUGUAAGGUGGACAGCAACGACAUGUACACCUGUCAGUGUGCAGAGGGCUUUGAGGGCACAAACUGUGAUGUGGAGAUAACACAGAAAGGAGGAUUGGAAACCAAGUGGAUUAUCCUGAUCUCGGUCCUGGUGUCAGUCGCUGUCAUCUUCAUCAUAAUCACCAUCGUGUGUGUUUGCAGACACAAAGUAAAGAAAUUUAAGUUUGAGGAGAAGAAAAUCAGCAUGAAAUCAACAAGUGUUCCAUAUACAAACAUAGAUGACCAAAGAGAUAAAGUGUCUACUAUGUGAUGAGAAACUGUUUAACCUGUGUAGUGUUUACCUGAAUGUAAUAAAGUCCGGCUGUAUGAGGUGAACAUGCACAAUCUGUUCUGAAGCUUAUUCAGCAGGGAUCCAAAGAAAACUAGAACAUAAAUAAAACCAAGAAAUGAA